CUGUGUCCAAUCACAGCUGAUCACUGAUCAUCAGGGCACUGAUGAUCAGUGUGCCCUGAUGAUCAGUGUAGCCCCAGCAGUGCCACCUGUCAGUGUCCAUCAGUGCCUUAUGUCAGUGCUCAUCAGUGCCUCGUGCCAGUGCCCAUCAGUGCCACAUCAGUGCCACAUAUCAGUGCCCAUCUGAGCUGCCUUUCAGUGUCACCCAUCAGUGCCACCUAUCAAUGCCAAUCAGUGCCUCCUAUCAGUGCUGCCAAUCAGUAGCACCUAUCAGUGCCAGUCAGUGCCGCCUAUCAAUGCCAGUCAGUG